AUGGAAAAACAAAUCAACGUAGAGAGUAGUGCUACUCAUCAUGAAGACAAUAAUGCUUCCACUAUAACCGUCGCCGCCGCGAUCUCCUCCUCUUCCACCGUGGCAGCUACAUUUUCGUCGGAAUCUUGGUCCUCUUCCUCCAAAAGAUCGUUAGAAGCCGGGGAAAAACUGAGCGGCGAUGAUAAUGAGAAUCCAACGUCGUAUAGAGGAGUAAGGAAGAGAAGUUGGGGAAAAUGGGUAUCGGAGAUUAGAGAGCCAAGGAAGAAAUCAAGAAUAUGGCUUGGCACUUAUCCAACGGCUGAGAUGGCAGCUCGAGCUCAUGACGUAGCGGCUUUAGCUAUCAAAGGCAACUCCGGUUAUCUCAAUUUCCCUGAAUUAUCUGGUUUGCUUCCUCGUCCGGUUAGUUGCUCUCCCAAAGAUAUACAAAUCGCAGCUGCGAAAGCCGCAGCCGCCACGUGGCAAAACCGGGUCAACGGUGAGAAAUUAGCCGAUGAGUUAAGCCGUUCCGAGUUGUCCACGGCUCAUGAGUCUUCGGCUUCGAGCAGUUUUGUGUUUUCUUCGGACACGUCGGAGACUUCGAGUACGGACAAAGAAAGCAACGACGAGACGGUGUUUGAUUUACCGGAUCUUUUCACUGACGGGCUAAUGAAUCAAAACGAUACGUUUCUUUACUACAACAACAUUUCCACGUGGCAGCUUUACGGAGAAGAGGAUGUGGUGUUUCGGCUUGAAGAGCCGUUUAUUUGGCGGAAUGACGACUAA